UCCCAGCUAAUGUCUGGUAUCUAUGUAGACCAACCUGAAAUCAAGCAGAAGCCAGUGUCAACAGUUCGAGCACAGAACAGCCUGUGGUUGGUGAAGGUUCCUAAGUAUGUAACUGAUAGGUUGAGUAAGUGUGAACCUGGUAGCCAGUUUGGUGUUAUUCAGACUCAGAGGAGCGCAGCUGGACAGGAGUUCACAUUUGAAGUGGACCCGAAGCUGUGUGAGCAGAGUAAUGGUCUCCCAGCAUGUCCCUCUGUUCACACCAUGAAACUUGGAACACUUGCAGGUGUUAACAGAAAUCUAGCUGUGUACAGUGACACGGAGGAUGCCAUUAACAUUGAGGGAAUUGUCAAGACCAAGUUCGAUGUCAUGCAGCGCAGUGACCCUAAAUCCUCUCUGUCUUAUAUGAAGUUGAAACGGUUUGAAGCGGAGAAAAAGAUGGACCCUGGACGUAAAAUAGUGAUCACCAACAAAUCUCAUAACAACUUUAAACCUUCCAAUGUUUCAAGAGAACAGAUGUACACAACGAAAGCUGAGCGAGAAGAGAAGCUGCGGAAUAAGAGGACGAGACUUGACGCGGACGCGGUGGAAAGUAUGAUACUGCGCGCUUUCAAGAAAAACCAGUACAUAUCACAGAAACAUCUCGUAUCAAUAACUGAACAGCCUGAGGCAUAUCUUAAAGGAUUCCUACACAAAAUGUGUGUGUACAACCAGAAGACCCCUCACAAGAACACGUGGGAGCUGAAACCAGAGUACCGGUACUAUGAGACUGAUGGUCAGGGACCUUCUGAGGAAACUUAG